AUGUACCUAUAUAUAUUUUUUUUUCUUCUUACCCUUGCUGAAAGAAAUCAUACACUCAACAUUAGAAAGACAAUUCAUGCUUUAAAUUACGUUCGUUUUAGCAAUGAUAAUAUAUCAAGUAAAAACCGAAGUUUGACUUAUUUGAAUAACAAAAAUUCUAGUCGUCAUGAUAUAUACAGAAAAAGAUUUGAAAGAGAAAUCAAAGAGACACUACAAUCUAUUUUGUACAAAAAAGGAAUUAAAAUAAAUUAUAAAUAUCAUAUCGAUGAAGAUAUUAUAGAAGGCAUAGCUAUUCACCAAGUUCAGCUGAACAGUGAUUGUUCUAUUGCAAAAGUUUUUAUCGAAAUAAUGGGAGACUCAAUAGAUUCCAGACAGGGCUAUAUCUGGAUGAAGAAAAACUGCAAACGAAUUCGGUACAUGUUGGCCCAAGCAAUUAAGCAUCGGAAAAAGGUUCCAUAUCUAAAUUUUAUCCAAAGUAGUUUAAGUGAGCAAACUCAACUGCUGUGUGAAAUGGAAAACAUACGGGAGUAUUAUGUGGACUUGUUUAAGGAGGAAAAGGAAAUUUUUGAAUCAAAUGAGGAAACAAAUGGGGAAGAGAGCUGGAUACAAAAUGAAGAAUUGGGAAACGAACAAUAG